GGCCGCUCGGCUCUCGCCCCUUCUGGCUGUCGGUCCUCUCGAAGAGCCCGAUGUCGAGGACCUGAAGAGCUCGUCGGGGCUUUUCUCCCCUCUUUGGCUUGACAUGCUGCCUUUUGGAGAUAAGACGAGGUAUUUGCUCACCGUUGUCGCACACUUCGGCAGCGGGACUUCGAGUUGAAUUGGACUAAAUUCGGCUAUUUUUAGAAGUGGAGUCAGGUUUCCAUUUUGAAUAUUUUCCGAUAAACAAAGCAGUGGGGAUGCAGAGCACGGGCGAUCUGCGGCUCCCACGGUCUGUCUCAGCGAGAGCUCGGAGAAAUGGUUAAUGCAUGGUUUGCUGAGAGAGUUCACACCAUCCCAGUCUGCAAGGAGGGAACCAAGUCCCAGAGCGAAUCCUGUGCUUGUCACCAGCCUGCCUGUGCCGAGACCACCAGCCCUGGGACACCGGCGAGGAAAAUCUCUGCUUCGGAAUUUGACAGACCCCUAAGGCCUAUUUUUGUCACGGACUCGGUAGGAGCAGUGAGCUUCCUCUCAGGCUCUGAAAAGAAGGAACAGAUGCCUCUGCCAUCUCCAAGGAUUGAGACCAGUGCAGGGGAUCAGUGCUCAAGACUAUUAGAACUUGUAAAAGACAUUUCCAGUCACUUGGAUGUCACGGCGCUGUGCCAUAAGAUCUUCCUGCAUAUCCACGAGCUGAUAGCAGCGGACCGCUAUUCCCUGUUCCUGGUCUGUGAGGACAGCUCCAAUGAGAAGUUCCUCGUCAGCAGGCUGUUUGAUGUGGCAGAAGGCUCCACCCUGGAAGAAGCUUCCAACAACUGCAUCCGCCUGGAGUGGAACAAGGGCAUUGUGGGGCACGUGGCAGCCAUAGGCCAACCCCUGAACAUCAAGAACGCCUAUGAGGAUCCAAGAUUCAAUGCAGAAGUUGACCAGAUCACAGGGUAUAAGACUCAGAGCAUCCUCUGUAUGCCAAUAAAGAAUCACAGGGAAGAGGUUGUCGGUGUGGCUCAAGCAAUCAACAAGAAAUCUGGAAUUGGUGGCACCUUCACUGAACAAGAUGAAAAGGACUUCGCCGCCUAUUUGGCGUUUUGCGGAAUUGUCCUUCACAACGCGCAGUUGUACGAGACGUCUCUGCUGGAGAACAGGCGGAAUCAGGUGCUUCUUGACCUUGCCAGCCUGAUCUUUGAGGAGCAGCAGUCUUUGGAAGUAAUCCUGAAGAAGAUAGCUGCCACUAUAAUAUCCUUCAUGCAAGUGCAGAGGUGUACCAUCUUCAUAGUGGAUGAAGACUGUCCCGAUACAUUUUCCAGUGUGUUUCACAUGGAAUCUGAGGAAUUAGAAGAUUCUGCUGAAAAUCUGAAGAGGGACUACGACACAAACCAAAUCAAUUACAUGUAUGCUCAGUACGUCAAGAACACCAUGGAGCCACUCAACAUCCCAGAUGUCUGCAAAGACAGAAGAUUUCCCUGGACGAAUGACAGUGCAGAAAAUGUAAGCCAACACAUAAAGAGUUUGCUGUGUACACCAAUAAAAAAUGGGAAAAAGAAUAAAGUGAUAGGUGUUUGCCAGCUGGUGAACAAGAUGGAAGAAAACUCAGGAAAGAUCAAGGCUUUCAACAGAAAUGACGAGCAGUUCCUGGAAGCCUUCGUCAUCUUCUGUGGCCUGGGGAUCCAGAACACACAGAUGUACGAGGCUGUGGAGCGAGCCAUGGCCAAACAGAUGGUGACAUUAGAGGUUCUCUCAUACCAUGCUUCUGCUGCUGAGGAGGAAACGAGGGAGCUGCAGGUAACAGUGGCUGCUGUGGUGCCAUCUGCACAAUGCCUCAACCUGACCGACUUCUACUUCAGUGACUUUGAGCUGUCAGACUUUGAAACGACGCUGUGCACAAUCCGCAUGUUCACAGACCUCAACCUGGUGCAGAAUUUCCAAAUGAAGCACGAGGUUCUCUGCAGAUGGAUUUUAAGUGUAAAGAAAAAUUAUCGGAAGAACGUUGCCUACCACAAUUGGAGACAUGCCUUUAAUACUGCCCAGUGCAUGUUUGCUGCUCUGAAAUCUGGUAAAAUUCAGAGCAAACUGACUGACCUAGAAACGCUGGCUUUGCUGAUCGCCACCCUGAGCCACGAUUUGGAUCACAGGGGAGUGAACAACUCUUACAUACAAAGAAGCGAACAUCCGCUGGCCCAGCUGUACUGCCACUCGAUCAUGGAGCAUCACCAUUUUGAUCAAUGCCUUAUGAUCCUGAACAGCCCAGGAAAUCAGAUUCUCAGCAACCUUUCCAUUGAAGAAUACAAGGCUACACUGAAAAUGAUAAAACAAGCCAUUCUUGCCACAGACCUAGCACUGUACAUAAAGAGGAGAGGAGAAUUUUUCGAACUUCUAAGGAAGAAGCAGUUUAAUUGGGAAGACCCCACACAGAAGGAGCUAUUUUUAGCCAUGCUGAUGACUGCUUGUGAUUUAUCAGCUAUAACCAAACCAUGGCCAGUCCAGCAACGGAUUGCUGAGCUUGUAGCUACUGAGUUCUUUGAUCAAGGAGAUAAAGAGCGGAAGGAACUCAACAUAGAACCAACAGAUCUAAUGAACAGAGAGAAGAAAAACAAAAUUCCCAGCAUGCAGGUUGGAUUCAUAGAUGCUGUUUGUUUGCAGCUGUAUGAGGCCCUAACACAUGUGUCAGAGGCCUGCUCCCCUUUACUGGAUGGCUGUAAAAAGAACAGGCAGAAAUGGCAAGCCUUAGCUGAACAGCAAGAGAAGAACCUGAUUAAUGGAGAGAGCAAUCAAGGCAAACGGAACUGAGAUGCUGAUUUAACAACCACAAGCUUAAGCUCACAUAGAAGACAUAGUAAUAGGGGAGUACUGCAUUUUGCUGAACACUGUAUGAAUCUGGCUUAUGUUUUGCCACUGCUGUAUUAUCUUUCCACGUUCCAAGAUAUAGCAUGACCAUGUGUAUGCCAAGAGAUAGUAUGUGUCUUUUGUUACAUCUGACUGAGAUGGAAAAAGACCUGCAAGGGUGGUUUUUGCCCCCCUGCUCCAGCAGAAGGUACUAGUGCAGUGACUCGACUGUGCCCGAGAGCCUCUGACUUUCCAGAUGUAUAUAGUUGUUUGGUGAUCAUGUUGUGGCCAGUAUCUCACAGACUACUGCAUUUCGCACCUUUUUCUCUUCCCCCUCCCAAUCUUGCUGUGUUAUGGUAUAAAAGUCAUGAGCAGUCUCGCCUGUUCUCUUCCCAGAGGCUCAGAGGGAAGACUGGGACUCGCUCUGGGGAGCCUAAUCCAGCAUAUACUAUGCUGACCUCCUUCAGAAGACAGAACUGGGCUCUGAGGUGAAAAGCCCCAGAAUUUAUGCACCCAGUAGUUCAAUUUUUUUUUUUUUCAUAUCAAAUGGAUGUCUGAGCAAAUGUCUUACUACAUUUGAAGAAGUUUUUAAGGCCCUUGUGAAAUACUAGGCAAUGAGGGUCUUGGGAGUUUUGUGGUGGAAGUGUCACAAUUAUCCAUGAAUAAUGGAAACUGCUGGAAGACUGCUGAAAUGUCCCAGCAUACCUGACAGGCUGCCACGGAAGGAUGAUGGAAGGAUGGCUCCCAUAGAAAGCUGCAAGAAGCACAGAGAGAAAUGGAAACUGGAGAGGAUCAUUUUUAUCUGCUGGUUUUAACUUCGUUUGGAAGUUGAUUUUAACAUCAUCCAACCGACAGAGGGGGUCACGGGCAGAAGAGAACGUGACUGCAAGAGCGAGAGGUGACAAUCUGAGUCAGAAAGGUGCAGGAAUGGCACAAUCCUGGUGACUAUCCAUGACUGAUUCUUUAGGCCAGUGUUGCUAUGAAAUGGCUAUGACCACUUGGAAGGAAGUUUUAUGUUAACAUCUCUUACAAAUCAUUUUUAGCAUUAGUUCACAAUGAUUAAUCACAGCGUCUUAAAAAAAUUAGAAAAAAAAAGAGUACCAAAAGCAAAAAUAGCCAAGAAUGCUACAGGGAUUUGCCAUUUGUAUAUGAGGCAUUAAUGUUCUGAAAAGUAAGAAAUCCAUUAACUUGCACUAGCAAAAACCCCAACAUUGGUAUUUUAUUUAAAAGAAGAUGAUUAAUAAAAAUGGUUGUGAAUUGGGGACCAAUUAAAGAAAAUAUGCACAUGAGAGAGAUGCCAAAAGAGUAAAACAAAGAGGGUACUAUUCCUCGUGUAGACAGGAUCAGGAGAUGAAUGUCAGCAGUCUAAAAUGGAUCAGCAGUACCUGUAACUUUGGCUGCACAGACACACACAGAAUAGUGUGGGUUUUUAAUGUGUAAUAAUGAUUCUCUGGUUAAAAUCUGCAAUUGUGUUGGGCAAAAGUAACACACUUAGGAUUGUACUUUGAAGUAUGGGCAUUUAUCUCUAUCACAAUAAUCCAGAACAUUCUAGUUGGAAAGUGCAAUGAGUUAUCAACCCCUCCCCUUGUAAGAGCUGGUCAGAAAGAAGUGAAAAUUCCCCCUUUUUAUCAGUUUCUUCAUUUAGAUAAUUUAUAGCAGAAGCUAAGAAAAUAUAAAGCAAAUGUUUCAAAAUGUCUGACGAUACCGAGUUUCAUAGUUGAAUUUUUUUUUUAAUGUAGAAUAAGGUAUUCUGACAGUCAGCAGCAUUUCUGCCAACCUAAAUUAUUUGUCACUGAUUAAAUCCUAUCUCAGACUUCUCUAAAGAGCACCAAUAAUGUAUUAUUGCAGCUGAAUUUGAAAACAUUUUUCUAGAAAAGUAUUUCUCCUGACUUCCUUCACACAGAUUAAAAAAAAAAAAAAGUAUGGAUUUCAAUAAUAAUUCAGAAUUCCAGGACUACUGUUAUGCAGUGCUCCAUAUGUGUAUUUAUAUGCAAAUGACAGCAGCCUGCCCACCCCAACCAAAGUUUUUAGGUACUUUUUGAUAAAUAGGAAGCUUUGCUUCAGGAUUUGCAUAGUCCUUGUAUAGUCUUCUCCUUGAGUGCUUGAGAUACUGAAAUAUAAUUAUUACACUAACUGAUGAGAUACCUAUUUAAUAUAAAUAUGAAUAAAUUAUAUGUAUAUAAAGGUGUAUUCUUGCUAUAAUGGUUGAGACUGGUAAUUCAUGGUGACAACACAGCAGAUAACUAUGAUAAUAUUACAGUGUAGUGGCUGAGCAUCUUUUACAUUAAUAUCCCAGUAUUUCUUUGCUAUAUUGUGUGUCCAGCAAAGCUUUAUUAUAACUAAAUUUAUAACUGCUACAGAAGAGGGAUGGAUUCAUACCUUUGACUUGAAAAAAAGGGCAUGACAUUACAUUUUUUAAAGGUUCACUUACAAUGAGCAGUUAUAGAGAAUGUGCAUAUAUUUAAUUACAUAUCUGUACACAUUUAUCCCACGGAAUCUCUUCCACUACAGAGAUUGGAACAUAGGUAUAAAUACAGUUCCUAGUGAAUAAACCAUUUAUUUAUCAUAAUACACCUGUAUCUGUAUGUAUUUCUACAAAACCAAAGCCUUUAAACUACUGGUUUAAGAACCUUAAAAGCAUAGACUGCUGUAGUUCCUGAAAUUUCAGAGCAUGAUCAAUGUUUUUAAAUAGUGUUUAAUUCUGCCUGAAGGCAGAGUGUGCUGGCUCUGUGUCAGCUUUGUGUGAAGCAUUUGCAGAAAUUCCUUUCAUAAUGGAGAUAUGGGACAAUAUGGGGGAAAAAAAAAAGCCAGCCUGUUUCCUGCUUGGAGUUCACUGCCUUUAAAAUUCAACAUUUUCAAACCCAGCUAGUGGAUUACAGCCACAAGCUGCCCUGCAUUUCAUCAUGAGUUGUGUUUCUGGUGAUUUUAGUCAGGUCUCAAACAUUUUCUCCCCACUUUAUACUGUCUAGCUAAAACAACCAGGGGGGAUUACACAAGAAACCAGCUGGAGUGGAGUUUUUCCCUUGGUCAGUUCAGACUAAAGUUUAUUAAAGCCAUUGUCAAAUUUGAUAUUUCAAUCUUCAGGUACAGAAUUUGUCCCAGUGAAGGCAUCUAAGUUAGCAUCCUACUUGAUCUCAGAUAUGGACAUAUUUUCUUUUAGACUCACUCCACAGCACAGUUUAAUGCUUAAAGUACACUUUUCUUUCUGUUUUUGUUCUCCUUCUCAAAAAAAUUACUUGUCAUAUGUAUUAACACACAAAAAAUUACUGAUUAACCCUACCUCUUCUAAUUAAAAAUAACAAUGAGGUUCUUAAGCUGUAGGUUGAACUUCUUUUCCAAUAAAUUAGUCCCACAUCCAAUAUUAGCUGUGGAACAUUUCUAGGUUUUCUAUUAUCUCACACAAUUAAAGAAAGGGGAGGAAAAUAAUGUGAUGUUGAUUUUGGAGAUGGUGAUAAUUGUUAAUUAGCAGCUUAAAGUUAAGAGCAGAUUCCUCUCUUAUCUUCAAGUGAGCUAGUGAGAAAAGUAAACAACCUGUUCCACUGAUGAUCAGCUGAUCUCUCCUUCGAAGAGAGGACUGAAGCCUGAUUUUAUGUACCACUCUCAUUCGUGUAAAGAUAAACUUUUCACCUCCAAUCCAAAGCAUUUUACCUGGCAGUGGCAUGAACUGACAAAAUCAGAACUCUGUCUAAUUCAUAUACAAGAUUUCUCAAAAUCCCCAGGUAACUAAUUUUCCAAUGCAUUGCACAGAAAACUUAUGAAGAGUCAGAUGUAGUCCCAUAAAAUUCGGGGAUGUUGCCUGAGUUAUCUGGUUGGUGUCCCUUGCAGUUCUCCAUAGGAAGACAGCAGAGAGUUCUUAUGGAAAAAAAGAAGCCUCACUGAUAUUAAAUUCAUACAGUUUUUAAAGGUUUUAUAAAGAUCUGGUAUUUCAGGCAAAUAUAUAUAUUGGCUUUAGUUUGGAGUCUUGUCUCUGUGAUGCUGUGGGGUUUUCUCUUCGUGUCAAAUCACGUGCAGUUUACAUUCCACAAGGUUUCAGCUUUAUUUCACAGUUCCCUGCUGCACUUCUUCAGGGACUUGCACUAAUUUGAAAGAUAAACUUGAACAUUGGAGCUUGAAUAAAAGAAUGAGUUUGGCCAGAGUAUGGUAAAUAAUGAAAGCUGGAUUUUUCAGUUUGGACUUUGACAGGAAGAAGAAACAUCCCAGAAUCUGGCCUGGUGAUUAGUGACACUUGUUAAAUACAGCAAAUAGUGCCAGCAGGAUAUUUGAUCUUUGUCACUGCUAGAUGAAUGGAAGUCGCAUGGGAAAGUUUAUUUUCCACAUAAAGACGUUUGUUUCCAUAGAGAAACUCAGAUCUAAGUACCACUGUUUGUAAAUGUGUAUUUAUGUGACAGUGCUGUAGAAUAGCCAGUUUUCACUUAUUUUCACAGCAUGAGCUGGUCAUGCCAGGGUCUAAAGCAUGCUCUGAUGCCUAUUUAAAGUCAGUCAUACAGAUUCCCACUCACCUCAGUGGGAGUUGGAUUGAGCUGUAUAAAAAGUGAAAGAAUGGUCAAAUCCACCUUUUUUACCUUCAAGGAGGGACCAAACUCUUACCUUGGCAACACCUGCCUCACCUGCUCUUUGCUGUGUUCAGCUCUUCCUGCUGAUGCCUGAGGUACCUUACAGAUGGAACUGAAGUUAGAAUUUGAGCCCUCUCUGUGUUCACAUGGGGGACACCUGCAUGUGUCUCUUAAAGAAUGUAGUGUGAAAUGCACUGUAAAUAGUUUUAAUAUACAUUCCUAUUAUGGCUUAAUAAAAAUCUUAGUCACAGUCACCAAUCACUGAGUGUGUCCACUUGUAUUCUUUUAUCUUUGAAAAAAGUUUGAACAAAUAUAUAGUUUCUGGGCACAGUAUUUUUGUACUAGGUUGAGGGGUUUCUCUGUAUAUUAUGUUUUGCCUGUAAGCAGUAUUAAAGUCUUCUGAAUGCUAUGUGUUCUUUCUUGCUUCUGUCCUAUGACUUCUUAGAGUAAAGCUGGUUACAUUACUUUAAAGAAUCAUUAUCCCUACUUACUGUACAGCUGAUAGAGAAUACAGAGUCAGGAUAUUUUCUAUGGUCAGACUGCUGCUUAUUAGUUAUCUCCUCAUUCUUCUCUUUGUACUGUUUUCAUGCUUUUUAAAAUAAAAAGGAUGAUGUCAAA